CGGCGCGGGCAGGUCCUCCUGCUGCCCUGUCCCAUUUGUUGCCGGGUCUGGCUCGGGGCGGCCGCGACGCGCGGAGCCCCGGAGAGCCAGGCGGGGCAGCCCCGCAGCCACGACGGAGCAGCCGCGGGACUGGCCGCCCCGCGCCCCCUUCGCCGCCGUGCCCUUCCCCGGCGCGCUCACUCCCUUCUCGGGAUGGGAUUGUAGCGGCGGCGCGGAUUCGGCGGGGAUCGCAGCGGAGGCGACGGCGGCGGCCGAGCGGGGGCUCCAUGUUUUCCCCCGGCCAGGAGGAGCACUGCGCCCCCAAUAAGGAGCCGGUGAAAUACGGGGAGCUGGUGGUACUGGGGUACAAUGGUGCUUUACCUAAUGGAGACCGAGGACGGAGGAAAAGCAGGUUUGCUCUCUAUAAGCGGCCCAAGGCAAAUGGUGUCAGACCCAGCACGGUCCAUGUGAUAUCCACGCCCCAGGCAUCCAAGGCUAUCAGCUGCAAAGGUCAACACAGUAUAUCCUACACUUUGUCCAGGAAUCAGACUGUGGUGGUUGAGUACACACACGAUAAAGAUACGGAUAUGUUUCAGGUUGGCAGAUCAACGGAAAGCCCUAUCGACUUCGUCGUGACAGAUACAAUUUCUGGAAGUCAGAACAACGAUGAAGCACAAAUCACACAAAGCACCAUAUCCAGGUUUGCCUGCAGGAUCGUGUGUGACAGGAAUGAACCUUAUACAGCACGGAUAUUUGCAGCUGGAUUUGACUCUUCCAAAAACAUAUUUCUUGGAGAAAAAGCAGCAAAAUGGAAAAACCCCGACGGUCACAUGGAUGGGCUCACUACAAAUGGUGUCCUGGUGAUGCACCCAAGAGGGGGCUUCACCGAGGAGUCCCAGCCUGGGGUCUGGCGCGAGAUCUCUGUCUGUGGGGACGUGUACACCUUGCGAGAAACCAGGUCGGCCCAGCAGAGGGGAAAGCUGGUGGAAAGUGAGACCAACGUCCUGCAGGACGGCUCCCUCAUUGACCUGUGCGGAGCCACUCUGCUCUGGAGAACAGCAGAUGGCCUUUUUCACACCCCGACUCAGAAACACAUAGAAGCCCUCCGGCAGGAGAUCAACGCCGCGCGGCCACAGUGUCCCGUGGGGCUCAACACCUUGGCCUUCCCCAGCAUCAACAGGAAAGAGGUGGUGGAGGAGAAGCAGCCCUGGGCUUAUCUCAGUUGUGGCCAUGUGCACGGGUACCACAACUGGGGCCACCGGAGCGACACAGAGGCCAAUGAGAGGGAGUGUCCCAUGUGCAGGACUGUGGGCCCCUAUGUGCCGCUCUGGCUCGGCUGCGAGGCGGGAUUUUAUGUAGACGCAGGACCCCCAACUCAUGCUUUCACCCCCUGUGGACAUGUGUGCUCGGAGAAGUCUGCAAAAUAUUGGUCUCAGAUCCCGUUGCCUCACGGAACUCACGCAUUUCAUGCCGCCUGCCCUUUCUGUGCGACGCAGCUGGUCGGGGAGCAAAACUGCAUCAAAUUAAUUUUCCAAGGUCCCGUCGACUGAUGCCCUUGACAGCCAUCUACGACUUUAUUAACAAGUUACUGUGAAGAUUUUUGCCACUAACUCUAGAUUUUACCUUUUUGUAAUGCUGUUUAUUAAGGGGAGGGGGGACUAGGGCUGGGACAAAAGAGGGGACACAGUGAUGACUCAUGGCAGGAGUGUAACAGAUACCAGUGGUGUGUUGCAUGCUCAGAACAGCGGCAUCGGCAUUGAAGUCUGCUUGAUUAAACCAUAAUACCUUUGUAAUAAUUGGAUUUUAAAUGCCAUGCUUUUAUUUUUAACCUUGGGUUUUUAACCAGAUUUUUUCCUUUUUAAACUUGGACAAGACUUUAAGUCAUAUUCUACAAAUGUAGAAGAAAUUUAUUCAAAAGUUGUUGGCAUUUAAUGUGCAACCUUCAGUGCUGCGUGAUACAGGCGUUACCUGAAAGACAUGCGGUGUCUGGAAAUACUUGAUAAUAGCCAGACUCUGACCCGAUACCAAAGGGGCAGCUCUAUACAGUGUGACUGGUGCAUAGGAGACCUUAGCCACAGGUGGUUGUUUUGAAAUCUGGGACUUUUUUCCGAUUUAUUUUUCUCUCAUUUAGGGGGAGAUGAUAUUCAUAUACUGUGGGCUUUUUUUUAACUUCAGUGGAAUUUACUUUAUACACUCAUUCAUCACAUACGUGGCAUUUCAAACAAAGAAUUUUCCAUAACUUUUUAGUCUGCCUUUUGUUAUUUCUGCCUAAUACGAUUUGUCACUGAUACUCAUCUUGCAUGGCCAGAACUGUUUGGUUGAUGAAAAUAUGUCAGCUCUUAGAAUUCACUUAACUGAGGGUGAUUAUGACAGCAGCAGACAUGGCCUAGGUACUAGACCACCAAGUUUAUUUGCUUACUGAAUUGUUUUAAGAUUUAAGGAUGAUUAAAAAUAAGCUUUUACUUCUUAAAACCACUUGUUGGGGUUUCAUAAGGUUUAUAGAUUUUUUUUCUUCCUUAAGAAAGCCAAAUUCUGUGAGCCUAAAAACAACAGAUCACAAUGAUGCAGUCAUUUUUGUUCACUCCCUCACCACCAUCUGUCACCUUCCCUUGCAGCUCACAGAGCCCUGUAAGUUUUGAAAAUGUUUGCAAAUCAAACUAAAUUUAAAUGUGAUCAUUAGAUACACACAACACCAAGUGGUACAUCUGCAGAGAUCAUUUGAAAUUCUUGAUUUUGAGCGAGCAAAUGAGUGUUUACUGAGGAAUAAUUAAAUCAGAAUUUCAUAUGAGCUCCACCACACCUCUCUGUUAGUUUCAUUUCAUCUGAUUAAUAAUUCUCGGAUGCUCGUUCUCUGUGCUCGGUACCAGUCACAUCACUGCUCCCAGAGUGUGCAGACCCUUCUGGACAUGGGACUGGUAGCAGCUGGCUGAGAUAAAGUAAAUCCCUGCCACAUGGAGCAAGUAUUUAUUUAAACUAACAUUCUCUUAAAUUGACUCUUGCAGAUUUGGGUGACCUUUUUUUAACCUUUGUAAAUAUAUAUAAUUUAUAUGAUUCUAAUAUACUAUAUCCAUACUUGAAUUGGUUGUUCCAUGUUUUGCCUCCUGGCAGAUAUUUUGCCUAUUUGCAGUCGUUCUAACCUAUUUGAGUACCUUUUUCCUUAAAGUGAUACGAUUGCUGCUGCUUAAUUUGACUUAGUAUUUUAAAAGUUCAGCCUCUCAGUUUUAAAAUAGCUUUAUUUUUCAAUGGAGAUCGUUGUUUAGGAUGAGGAUUUUUGGUUUGGUUUGGGGUAAUUUUUAAAUGAUGCGAAAAUUCAACAACAGUCCUCUUACUGAUAGCUUCCUCUAUUCUGUAUAGCUUACUGUACCUGCAGACAGAAAAUGAAAGAAAAAAAAGGACUUACCUAGAAUAAUAUAUUGAAUGCCUUUUGAUUUAGCCAGAGUCACCAGUGAUUAGCUUUCACUGAUAGAGUGUAUCUUUUCAACUUGUGAUUCUUUGGGCUCCAAAGAAUGAUAAAGAAGGCAGUUGUUCCUUUUCUUUCCUAUGUGGCUAGAAAAUGGUUUAAAGGAUUCUUGAUACCUUAAAAGCAUCUUAUAAGCUAAGUGGUCUUGCAUCCAAACAGGCUGGAUUUUACCUACCCAAAAAAAAAAAAAAAAAAAAAUUUCCAGAAAGUUAUGUACAUCAUAAUUUUCCAUUUCAAAAGCAACAUAUAAGUCUAGUAGUUCUGCAUGUGACAUGUGCCCAAAAAUACAGUUACCUUCCAACCUGAAAAGUUUUGGACUUUUAGUGAACUCAGAUACCUUAAGUGUAAGUUGAAAUUUGGGUAGUGAUUUCCAAGCUCUUAGAAGAGGUAACAGUGAACCACCCUCUUUCAGCUCCAUUAACUUUUCCUCUGGCUUCCAAGUGAGGUCCCCUCCCACCCUAAGGAACCGCAGAGAGGUGGCAAAUCUGCAGAAAGGAAACCAUGCUAAUCUUAGCCACUUGUAGUAGGAAUUUUGACUAAUGAGAUUCCUUUAUGAUUUUUUUCCAGAGUUAAAAGCGAUUUGUGAGAAUAAAGAACUCUAGCUCACCAAAGUAGAGUAGUACAAUUCAGAAAAGUUAACUUCUGAAAGGUCACCUCUGUUUUUACUCUUGCUUGCCGUCACAUUAAAGAAUGAGUCCCACUCCCCUGUAUGUAUGUAUACAUAAGGAAAUUGCUGACCAAUCAUCUUGAUCUUGGCCUAAAAUGCCUUUUGUGAGUAGGUUUCCAUAAGUAAAGCCCCAGUGAUGUAUUCCCAUAGAAUUAUUACUUUUUUCAGUUGUUUAUGUCAGUUUACUACAAAAACAAAAACAAAAAAAAAGAUUCAGAGUGAAUGGAGUACAACUCUGAGUAUUUUUCUAGUCUGGAAUUUUUUAUUAAUAAUCGGUGCUGCCGGGUCAUGCAUGCUGCAACUCUCAACAUUUCCCUUAUUUGGUACAGCUUUUUGCAAAAAGGGCUACAGCUCACACUGCAGAGUAAAGUAUUAAGUUUUCUGGAGUUUUUCCCCCUAACUGUGGCCCAAAAGAAUUAAAAUUUGUUAAUAUAAAUAGCAUAUUUAUCAUUCCUUGAUAGUUAAUUAUAGAGUUUGGUAACUUUGUGCCUCAGGGAAGCCAUGUGAUAUAUAACUGGUUAUAGAAUUUCAGGGUUAGGGUUUAAAGAAAGGAGAAAGCCAUUGGAAAAAUGAUGGGCUUCAUUAAGGAGACUAAUGAAUCUGUAUGCAGAAAUGUGCCAGGAACUGGCAAAAACAUGAUUGUAGUAGAAUUUAUUUUCCAGUACCAAUAGGGAAAUUAUUUUAAGUUAUUACAUAUACUGUAUUAGGAAAGUUGAGGAGAACUCCUUUCUUCAUAAAGCUUCAAUGCCUUUUAUUUUUUUGCUUUCAUAGAAAAACUCAAACUUCUGUUAUUUGGGAGCUCAGUAUUGUUAUUUGGGCACUUUUGAGAGUUUAAAGCAUGUUUUCUACUUAAUUUAAGUGUAAUAUAGGUUAUAUAGAAUUGUUACCUGCGAUUCUAUGAUUUUUCUCAACUUUUCUUUUUUGAAGCCAUUCUGUUCUUUGGAUGUGCAUGAAAGGGUGUGUGAUUGCACCAUUGUAAAUGCUGGGUGAAAACUAGUUAUCUUCAUGCAAUGUUGCCUCAUAACAGUGGAACUUCUUAGAGACAAACCACAGGACCUUGGUUUUAAGCCAAAUCCAGCCCCAUUCCCUUGGCUGUCGAUCUUAUGUCCCAAUAGUUUAGUCUUUGGGGACUAAGGGCAUGAUGUUCUUUCAGUGCUGGAAACAGAGCACAGCUCUGUUAUCAUUUCUUUAUGAUUCAAAGGCCAAUGAGACAACUUCAGGAUCUUCUUAAGAGAAUGUAAGCAUUAUUGAAGUAGUAAAACAAAAGAAGGUUCAGUAUUUUUUUUUUUUUAGUAAAACUUACAUCCUUUUGAGUAAGUUUUUGCCCUCAUGAAGAAUCCUCUAGAGGAACAUAGGGAAAAACAAAUAUUUUUCCAGUUCUACUUAACUAUUUCUAAAUGUGUUUCUAAACAAAAAUAAGCUGGAUGAAAGGAAAGCUAUUUCUUAGCUGGGAUGACAGAUUGCUUCUCUGUAUUAAAUAGUCUAGAAGUUAAGGGGUGGUCAUAUUUACCAUGUAUAGUGUUAUGAGCAGUUAAAUUUUAUGGAUAUAUUUGUAAAAUUGUUCUUUUAUAUUUCAUGUCAAAUUGAAAAGUUUAUUUCUUCACUAUUGUACCUGUGGAAAUACAAGCCAUUUUACAGGAAAAAAAUCUUCAAAAACUAUUAAACGGAUCUCAGUAUGUUUGUGAGUCGUUGUCUUCAGACUCUGUGGUUGUCACUGGGUUCAUCAGGACAUGCAAUAGGAAAUUGAUACAAAAGUAGACUUGAUUUUUGCAUUUCUCAAACUUUUAAGUUAAUCCCAAACAAUCGAGUUUAUUAAUUGUUUUAUAUCUUGCACAAUACAUAUUUAAAUCUGGAUUCUGAAAAUCCCCUAAAUUUUUUUAUUAAGGAAAUUUUUAUGGUGC